AUGGAGGCGGUGAGUGCUUCGCACGGUGUGUUGGGUCCCCUGCUGGGGAAGCUCACCGGUUUGCUUGCCGGUGAGUAUUCCCGGCUGAAAGGCGUCCGCCGAGAUAUCCGCUCGCUCAAAGCUGAGCUGACCGGCAUGCAUGCCGCGGUCCAGAAGUACACGACGCUGCAAGAUCCCGAUGUCCAGGUGAAAGCGUGGAUAUCCCUGGUGAGGGAGCUGGCCUAUGACAUCGAGGAUGUCAUCGACAAGUUUAUCCACCAGCUUGGUAAUGGCGGCCACCGCCAGAGUGGCUUCAAGGAGUUUUUCCGCAAGAUUGCUCGCCGUCUCAAGACUAUGGGUUCUCGUCGUGGAAUUGCCAACAAAAUCGACGAUUUGAAGAUUCGUCUCAAGGAGGUAAAAGAGUUGAAGACUAGUUACAAGCUGGAUGAUGUGAUGAAUGAAUCAUUUGCGGAUCCCCGCUUUGAACAUUCAGUAGUGGAUCCCCGAUUGUCAGCUCUUUUUGUUGACCAAGCACACCUUGUGGGCAUUGAUGGUCCAAGAGAUGAUCUUGCCAAUUGGACGUUGGAAGAUGAAAAUAGCUCGACUGGGCAUCGCAAGGUGUUGUCCAUUGUUGGCUUCGGUGGAUUGGGAAAAACGACAUUGGCAAAAGAGGUUUACCGCAAGAUCCAAGGGCAUUUUCAUUCCCAUGCUUUUGUCUCGGUCUCGCAAAAGGCUAAUUUAAAGACAAUUAUGAAGGAACUGAUCUCCCAGGUGGCUUGCAAGCAAGAUCUUACAGAAGGUAUCGACACCUGGGAUGAAACAAAACGUAUUGCCAAGCUAAAAGAACUCUUACAAGAUAAGAGGUAUCUCAUUGUUAUUGAUGAUAUAUGGUCCACAUCAGCAUGGGACGCCAUUAAGUGUGCUUUCCUGGAGAAUAAUUUUUCUAGUAGAAUAAUAACUACUACACGCAUUGUUGAUGUAGCAAGAUCAUGUUGUCUAGGUGGUAAUGGUCUAAUAUAUGAAAUGGAAGCCCUAAGUGAUCUGCACUCCAAAAUAUUAUUUUCUAAAAGAAUAUUUGGUUCCGAGGAAUGUUGCCCCGAUGUGCUAAAACAAGUUUCAUAUGAAAUACUAAAGAAAUGUGGAGGCCUCCCAUUGGCAAUUAUCAGUAUAUCAAGUUUAUUGGCAAACAAACCGGUGGUCAAACAUGAGUGGGAAAGGGUCAAAAGGUCUAUAGGUUCUGCAUUAGAGAAAAAUCGAAGCUUAGAUGGAAUGAACAGAAUACUAUGCCUUAGCUACAAUGAUCUUUCACCUAAUCUUAAGACUUGUUUGUUAUAUUUAAGUAUAUAUCCUGAGGAUUAUGUGAUUGAGAGAGAUACUUUAGUGAGGCGAUGGAUAGCAGAAGGCUUUAUCUCUAAAGAGCGUGGCCUGAGCAAACAAGAGGUUGCAGAGAAUCACUUCUAUGAGCUAAUAAACAAAAGCAUGGCCCAACCAAUGUACAUUGGAUAUGACGGAAAGGCUCGUGCUUGUAAAGUCCAUGACAUGAUGCUUGAGCUCAUUAUUUCAAAAUCAGUUGAAGAUAAUUUCAUCACUUUGGCAGGCCAUGGUCAAACUGAUUUGGCAAAUCGCCAUGUUCUUGUUCGGCGACUAUCAGUCCAGCAUAUUGACCAAGAGUUUGCAUCCGUAUUGGCAAAUGAAGAUCUAAUUCAUGUACGGUCGUUGACGGUGAUGACAUCAAAAUUCAUCAAUCACUUUCCUAGGUUUGUUGAGCUUGAAGCUUUGCGUGUGCUAGAUUUUCAAGACUGCCGUAUUCUGGAAGAGUAUGAUAUGAAGGAUAUAGAUAAACUAUUCCAGCUGAAGUACCUGAGCUUCAGGGGCACUAGUAUGCAGGAGCUGCCAUCAGGAAUUGUGAGGUUGUAUGGUCUAGAGACGCUAGAUCUUAGAGAUACAGAUAUAAAAGAAUUUCCCACUGGAUUUAUUCAGCUUGUUAAGCUACAACAUCUACUCAGUGGAAACACCGUUCACGGUGAUGUUUAUAGUAGAACGAAGAUACCAAAUGGGAUUGGAAAUAUGAGGAAUUUACAGGUGAUCUUGGUCUUUAAUAUUAUGAGGAGUUCGAUAUGUGCAGUCGAGGAACUGGGGAAUCUGACCAGUUUGAAAGAGCUCCAUUUACAGUUGGAUGAGGAUGUAUUUCAUGAAUACAAGAGGCAUGAAGAGAUGUUACUCUCCUCACUAUGCAAGCUUGGCACCUGCAAACUUCAGUCUCUACGCAUUAAAGGUUCACUAGUAGUUUUUAGUUCAACAACCCUCCAGUACUUAGAUUCUUGGUCCCCUUUGCCAUAUAACCUCCAAAUAUUUGAGAUGACCACUUACCACUAUUUCCCAAAGAUGCCAAAGUGGAUUGUACCAGCACUCACCAGUCUUGCAUACCUGAACAUUAAUUUGAUUGAAGCAACCGAGGAGGAUCUGCGGCUGCUUGGAGAGUUGCCUGCCUUACUUGAUCUGAAUAUAUCAUUCGAAACUGUCCAAAAGGAAAGGUUUACCGUACAAGGCGUUGGGUUCCGGUGUUUGAAGGUAUUCUGCCUUUAUUAUACUGAGUAUAGUGCAAGUGCAUUUUACUUGACGUUUGAAGAAGGGAGAAUGCCAAAUCUGGAGAAGGUUGAAUUAAUCUUUAUUUCAGUGGCGGAAGCCUAUGGAUUCCAGUUUGGUCUUUGCCACCUCCCAUGUCUGAGAGAUGCCCUUGUUAAACUUUAUAGUGAUGGUGACACAUCUUCUGAAAGCAACUCUGCUGCAGCUGGCGAGAUAAGAAAUGAGGCAAAUAGCCAUCCCAAUCAUCCCAGGCUAUCUAUCUUGGACCAAUGGGGAGCUGUAAUAUCAUGA